CACCACACAGAGCAGCAGCGGCGAGCGCUUGGUCGUGUUGGGUCGGGGGCUGUGAGAGAGAAUGGACGCGCAGGCCGCCGUGACACGUGACGCCGUCGGCCUCGACGACCCGCUCGUCGCCCUCACCCUCGGAUCCAUCUACGCCGCCGCCCCGACCCCGCCGCCCAAGCCGCGGCGCCCCUCUCCUCCGACCCCUCCACCUUCCCAGCCGGCGUCCGCCACCCGCCGCCGCCUCAACGCCUCCGCCCCCGGCCAGCGCCGCCGCGCGAGCAACGAGCCGCCUUCCGACGACGACGCCGCCGCCGCGGACGGGGUGCCGCCCCCGUUCCCGUGGGCCACGGAGCGGCCCGCGCGGCACGACACCCUGGACAGCCUGCUGCGCCGGGGCGUCACGACCGUCGAGGGCGAGGGCCGGUGCAAGCGCUGCAGCGGCACGGCGACCGUGGCGUACGAGCUGGCGCCCAAGUUCAGGGAGGUGCGCGAGUUUGUCGUCGCCAACCGGCACUCGUUCGACGACCGCGCCCCGGACGCGUGGAUGUACCCGGUGCUGCCCGACUGCGCGGCGUGCGGGGAGAAGCGAUGCAUGUGGCCGUGGAUCGCCGAGGACAAGGGCGAGAUCAACUGGCUGUUCCUCCUGCUGGGCCAGAUGCUGGGCUGCUGCACGCUGGAGCAGCUCAAGUACUUCUGCAAGAACACCGGCCGCCACCGGACCGGCGCCAAGAACCGGGUCCUCUACUACGCCUUCCUGGAGAUGUGCAGGCAGCUCGAGCCGCGCGGGCCGUUCGAUGACACCGUCGCCGACGGCAACGGGUUCCUGCACUCGUGAUCUACCGGCCCCUGCGCGCAGAUGGAUUUUUUAUGUCAUGUGGUGUGUCGAUCUGGUAA